CAUUCGACCACCCGCGAAGAAAGAUCACCUGAACUUUUUUUUGGCUCCGUCGUGCUCCCCAGCUAAGCCAAUCCCUAGCAAAGGAAGCAACCCGGAGAGACGCGUCUCGGAAUUUCUUUCCAGUUUCUCACCGCCAAUGGCACCGGCCUCCCCUCCGCUUUUAAACCCUCGCCGUAAUCCCAUCCGAGUAGCACGUCACGCAAUAACGGCCUGCCUGCCGCUGCCAUUGCUGUGGUGCUGUGUGCGGAUGGAGGAGGAGGCCGGCGUGGCGCUGACGGGGAGGCGGGCGCGGGCGGACACGAGGCACCCGGUGUACCGGGGCAUCCGGUUCAGGGGCGGCAAGUGGGUGUCGGAGAUCCGGGAGCCGGGCAAGGCCAGCAGGAUCUGGCUGGGCACGUACCGGACGCCCGAGAUGGCCGCCGCCGCCUACGACGUCGCCGCAUUGGCGCUGCGGGGCGCCCAGGCCGCCGGCCCCGCGCUCAACUUCCCCGGCGUGGCGCUGACGCGGCCUGCGCCGGUGUCGUGCGCGCCCGACGACAUACGGGCGGCGGCGGCGGCGGCGGCAACGGUUAUCGACGCCGGGAAUGGGCCUCGUGCUGGCGCUGGCAGUGCUCCUCGGACGGAGACCCACGAGGGCUGCUCUGGGGCGGCGACCGGCAGGACGGGUGAACAGGGCCGCGUCGUGGACGAGGACGACGUCUUCGAGAUGCCGUGGUUGCUGGCGAGCAUGGCGGAGGGGCUGAUGAUGAGCCCGCCGAGGCUGGGCGCCGCGUCAGCGGUGGACGACGACCACGGGCACGAUGGCGGCAUGAGCCUGUGGGAACACGAACACACUUAAGCUCUCAUCUCCUGUCUGCUGUGUAGGUGGUGUGCGGCACUAGUUGAUAACUUGAACGGGCAUAUACGUAACUACACAAGCACAGGAUGAUGCAAACUUUGUGGUUCCCU